ACAAGCAUUGGUAGCAGUAGUGCAGAAUUUUCCCUCUCUCAGAGAAGAUCUCGCGAGUGCGCUUUUCGCGGACAGUGAUCUGUUCUUAUUUUUUUUGCAUUGCCGAUUCGGUGAAACGAAAGUGUGUUCUCGUUAAUCAAUCAUCGGUGAAUCUCGAACUGCUCGAAGUGAAAGUUUAUGCGAGCAGCGGCGUAAAUUGAACAGUCAGUGUUGAGGAAAAUUUUCGUCGAAGCAAAAUCAUCUCUGUCAACAGACACCGUGGAGUGAAGGAAAUGCAGAAUUCAAACAAGCAAGGAAGCCCAAAGCAACCGGCCGUGCGGAGGCGAAUGUCCCGCCAUGGUUCGGUUCUAAUUGAGACUACACCUCGGCAGAUUCCGUGGGACUUGAUCGAUCGACUGCUGGUUCCGAUCAUCUGUUGCCACGCCGCAUCGAUAGUCGUUUCCGGUGCGCUUAGCAUUCUUGGCAUCUACCAGCUGUCCGCGUUUGCAUUAUUCGUGUUCUUCUCCAUCAUAACCGUCAGCAUGGUGCUUGGUUUCCACAGUUUGAAGGUAUCGCCACUGGGAAAAGGUGUCCUCAUCACCGGCUGCGAAUCCCCGCUGGCCAGGGCACUGGCCAGAAAAUUGGACGACAUUGGCUUCACAGUGUUCGCUGGGUUCAGGAAUCUGGACGACAAUGCGGACGCCGGGAUGCUGAAAACGCUCUCCUCCGGUCGCCUGAAACCGAUCCAGCUGGACGUCACAUCGGAAGUGCAGAUGCUGGAAGCUUCUUUGUUCAUCACGGAGCACUUGCCAGAGGGAUCCGACGGACUGUGGGCGCUUGUACACUGCGACAUGUGGUGUGCGCUUGGCGAACUGGAGUGGAUCCCGUUCCCGGUAAUGCGAAAGUCGUUCGACAUUAACGUUCUCGGAGCAUCACGGCUUACCCAGAUUAUGCUGCCAUUGAUCCGUCGGGCAAAGGGACGUAUAGUGUUCCUUUCGUCCGCCAUUGCCCACAUCCCUUCGCCGGUGCGAGGAGUUCAGUGCGCUACCCAGGCUGCCGUGGAAGGGCUUGCCUCGUGCCUUAGGCAUGAGCUGAAAACACGAACCGUCGACGUAUCGAUUAUCUGCGCGGGAGAAUUCACCGCCGGAAAUGCUUGGCUCGAUGACCAGACCAUGCUCGAGCAGUCCAAAGCGAUGUGGGAACUGAUGAGCGACGAGCAGAAAAUUACCUACGGCGAGGAAUACUUCGAGCAAGCGAUCCGCUCGAUGGAGAGAUACAUUACGACGGAAUGCGACUUCCAUUCGACGAUUCGUGCACUAACCGACUCUAUUAUUCGUUCGUUCCCACUUUUCCGUUACACACCGUUAUCACGUUACGAAAAGUUGCAGACCAUCGUUGCCGAGCAUUUGCCGCGGCCAAUUUAUGAGCUUUUCUACAAAGUUUAAGUGUGUGUAAUUCUGUGUAUUCGUCGUUUGGAAGCUCAAUAGCAAAAGCUUCGAGCAAAACUACACAUAUUUAUUGCUGCCACAUAAGCUGAAGAUAAAAUAAAAUCAAUCGAAAACGUAAAAAAAAGAUUGAAAUAUUAUGUUUCUGUUUCUCGCAAACAAACUUUUUUAGCUUAUAGUUCAUUGUAUAAUUUUUUUGCUCAGAUAACUAUAAAUCGAUGGAUAGAUCAAGCUUCAACAUCUUCAAUAUGGAAGAAACUUUGCACAAGCUUCCAACAUGAUUAGUUCUCUCCGCAGUGAGGCCAAAUAUAAUUUCUAAAUAUCUAUGAAAAUGUAAUAUGUCUGUAAAUUUUUUUUCUUAAGGAGAAAUAACAUCUUAAUAAAUGAAA